AUGAAGUUCACCGCCGCCAUCAUAACCUCGCUUCUCGCUACAAGCGCAGUUGCUUUCGACAAGUGGCAGCCAUGGGGUAAGCGUGAUUACUCCUGCGUGAACGUCUACCAGGGCGUUCCCGAUUACUCGACCGUGACUGUUGGCCAGACGGUCCACCUGCGCUUCAACCGCAAGCCCACGUCCCACUGUGCCGAUCCGCUGAACCAGUACCCCGGUGACAAGUACAGCGUGUGGCUGUACAACAAUCCCGUCCGUGAUGGGGACACCAUCAACUUCGACAAGCGGAUCCAGAUCGCCAGUGGGAUUGCCGAGUCAGCCGGUGUUGUCGAUGUGAAAAUCCCCAGUGAUCUGCCCCAUGUCAAGGAUGACUCUGUCUGGUACUUGAGAAUCGACACCUCUCUUACCACCGCUCCUCAGAUGCCUACCAUUUACAACGCUGCUGGGCCGUUUACUAUUACUGCUUAG